AUCCUCCGAGAGGGAGGAGGCCUAGUGGUGAUGCUGCUGCUUCUGCCGCCUCGACUGCUGAUACUCUAGUGAGGCUGGAAGGGUGGUUCUUAUUCGCACCGUCGCCAACCAGAGAGUGAGGGAAAAAAAUCCCAGCAGCCGCUGCUGAUGUUGGGUUCGGAGGCUGCAUCCGACUCGGUCACAAGGAAAAUGGAUUCAGUUUGCAUCUCUCCCUCCUUUCAACAGCUUCGCCGGGUCUCAGCAUGGGCUUCUAGGACAGCGGCUGAGAAGACCUUCCCGAGGGGCAGCACGCAGUAGCUGCUGAGCAUUCGCAAUCAGGAGAAGCAGCAGUAACAUGGGAGCCCCUGCUUGAGAGGAAUUAAACACCAACAGACUCCAUUCAGAGAGGAACAAUGUCCAAGAAAGGGCGAAAUAAGGGCGAGAAGCCCGAGGCGCUCAUUGUCGCCCUUCAAGCUGCCAACGAAGACCUCAGGACCAAGCUCACAGACAUCCAGAUAGAGCUGCAUCAAGAGAAGUCCAAGGUAUCUAAACUCGAAAGAGAGAAAACUCAAGAAGCCAAAAGGAUCCGUGAGCUAGAACAGCGCAAACACACGGUCCUGGUGACCGAACUCAAAGCCAAGCUCCACGAGGAGAAGAUGAAGGAGCUGCAGGCCGUGCGGGAGAAUCUCAUCAAGCAACACGAGCAGGAAAUGGCCCGGACAGUGAAGGUGCGGGACGGGGAGAUCCAGAGGCUCAAGUCGGCGCUGUGUGCGCUCCGGGACGGCAGCAGCGACAAAGUAAGGACAGCGCUCACCAUCGAGGCCCGCGAGGAGGCCCGGAAACUGUUUGAUGCAGAGCGCCUUAAGCUCUUACAGGAAAUUGCGGACCUGAAAACGGCCAAGAAGCAGGUGGAUGAGGCGCUAAGCAAUGUGAUCCAAGCGGAUAAAAUCAAGGCUGGGGACCUCAGGAGUGAGCAUCAGUCCCACCAAGAAGCCAUCUCCAAGAUCAAGUGGGAGUCGGAGCGGGAUAUUCGGAGGCUGAUGGAUGAAAUCAAAGCCAAGGACAGGAUCAUCUUUUCCCUGGAAAAGGAACUGGAGACCCAAACAGGCUAUGUACAGAAACUGCAACUGCAGAAGGAGGCUUUGGAUGAACAGCUCUUUCUGGUCAAGGAGGCUGAAUGUAACAUGAGCAGUCCAAAACGAGAAAUUCCGGGAAGGGCAGGAGAUGGCUCUGAACACUGCAGCAGUCCUGAUUUGCGAAGAAAUCAAAAGAGAAUAGCUGAGUUGAACGCCACUAUAAGAAAAUUAGAAGACAGGAAUACCUUGCUUGGAGAUGAACGAAAUGAAUUGUUAAAACGCGUGCGGGAAACCGAAAAACAAUGUAAACCUCUUCUGGAAAGGAACAAGUGCCUCGCCAAGAGAAACGAUGAACUGGUGGUGUCUUUGCAGCGCAUGGAAGAGAAACUAAAAGCCGUUACCAAGGAAAAUUCAGAAAUGAGAGAAAAAAUUACAUCUCAUCCACCCUUGAAGAAAUUAAAGUCUCUGAAUGACCUCGAUCAAGCUAAUGAAGAACAAGAGACAGAGUUUCUAAAACUUCAGGUCAUUGAACAACAGAACAUUAUUGAUGAGCUCACAAGGGACCGGGAAAAGCUCAUUCGUAGGAGAAAGCAUAGAAGAAGUUCCAAGCCAAUUAAGAGACCUGUUUUGGACCCAUUUAUUGGCUACGAUGAGGACUCCAUGGACUCAGAAACAUCAUCCAUGGCCUCGUUUAGAACAGACCGAACGCCAGCUACUCCUGAUGAUGACUUGGAUGAUAGUCUAGCAGCUGAAGAAUCUGAGCUACGAUUCCGACAAUUAACAAAAGAGUACCAAGCUCUCCAAAGAGCCUAUGCCCUCUUGCAGGAGCAGACUGGAGGCAUCAUUGAUGCUGAAAGAGAAGCCAAGGCUCAAGAGCAACUCCAGGCAGAGGUGCUAAGGUAUAAAGCCAAAAUUGAAGAUCUGGAAGCGACUCUGGCUCAGAAAGGGCAGGAUUCACACUGGGUAGAAGAUAAACAACUUUUCAUUAAGAGAAACCAGGAGCUUUUAGAAAAGAUAGAAAAACAAGAGGCAGAAAAUCACCGGCUCCAACAGGAACUGCAGGAUGCCAGAGACCAGAAUGAGCUGCUGGAGUUUCGAAAUCUAGAGCUAGAAGAAAGAGAGAGACGAUCCCCUCCAUUUAAUCUGCAAAUUCACCCGUUCUCAGAUGGUGUGAGUGCUCUACAGAUCUACUGUAUGAAAGAAGGUGUCAAGGAUGUGAACAUCCCUGAUCUCAUAAAGCAGCUUGAUAUCUUGGGUGAUAAUGGGAAUUUAAGAAAUGAAGAGCAAGUGGCUAUAAUUCAGGCCAGCACUGUGCUGUCCCUGGCAGAAAAGUGGAUCCAGCAAAUUGAAGGAGCAGAGGCUGCCCUGCACCAGAAAAUGAUGGAAUUGGAAAGUGACAUGGAACAAUUCUGCAAAAUCAAAGGCUAUCUGGAAGAAGAACUAGACUACAGGAAACAAGCUCUCGACCAAGCAUAUAUGAGAAUCCAGGAACUAGAAGCGACUUUGUACAAUGCUCUGCAGCAAGAAACUGUUAUCAAGUUUGGUGAAUUAUUAACUGAAAAACAGCAAGAGGAGCUGAGGACAGCAGUGGAAAAGUUACGGCGGCAGAUGCUGAGGAAGAGCAGAGAGUACGACUGUCAGAUUCUACAGGAGAGAAUGGAGCUCUUACAGCAAGCCCAUCAGAGAAUUCGUGACUUAGAAGAUAAAACAGACAUCCAGAAAAGACAGAUAAAGGACUUAGAAGAAAAGUUUCUGUUUCUAUUCUUGUUCUUCUCUCUUGCCUUUAUUCUAUGGCCUUGAUGUCAAGGUGCCUCUUACAGAAUAACCGAAAACACGGAUAAGACUGCAGAAAAGCAGAUACUUCUAAACCUUCAAAGAUGGCAGAAAUGUUUACAGCAGUGAAAGGGAGAUCAAACGCUUAGAACUAUAAUGUAGCCAGGACUACAGCUGUGUAUUUUAAAGCCAUUAUUCAAGGUUUCUUACUUGACAGUUCCUACAUGACCCUGUUGAAAAUCUACAAUAUAUGCUGCAUUUAAUGAAACAUGUGUAGGUCAAACCAGAAGGAAAGAACAAUAAACAUAGAUUGCCUGAAGAAAACAUUUCAGCAAUGGAAACAGUUUCAGCAGAUCAAGCAAAGAUGUGUCUUGGACAUGGAACCAAAGUUACAAAGAAACAUUCUACCCCUGCUGUGCAGGGGAUGUCAUUUUAAUGUAACACUACACCCCAUGGAAACACUAGUCCUGAAAUAAACAUCAUUUUAAAAAAUCAAACAAACAAAUAAGGGUGGGUGGGGAUUGAAGCACGAGGAAUACCUAUGAGGAGCUAUUUACAAUAAAAUAUUUCAUUUGAAAA